AUGGGUCUGCACCGUCAGACAAAGGAGGUGCAAAGGAAAAUAUUUCUGAUUGGUUUCAGCUCUGCAAGCAUUCAAUUUGCCAAUGGUACGAUCUCCGACGUUGCUUUAAUAUAUGGGUCCGAAGCAUAUAUUCGAGCCAUGAAGCUAUGGGACCAUCUUGAUGUUGACCCCCCACUUCUGGACCUCGAGAAAGAUUCUGAGACGAGCAUAUUCCCUCCUUUCCUACAACGACUACGAUCGUGGUAUCAGGCGCGGGUACAGCACGGCGCCGAAACCUCGCCUCAGGCCACCUACGAGGAACUCAUCCCGAUCGCGGAGAUGAUGAGUACACUUUUCUCCGAGGCGAAUAAGUCAGUGCCCUUAUCGAAUAACUUGGUAUUCCUGGCGAUCCCAGACUUUGAAAAUAGCACCAGUGAUACCUUCACCCGGCCAAUUCGCCAGCUUGUCCAAUUAGCAGGACUUGACUGCCUCAGGUUCCAAAGACAGAGUCAGCUCUCACUUUUACACCUCUAUGACCUGGACAACUGUUUUGGAAUCUGGCUGGACUUGGUAACCGAGGUUCCUGAUGAAGAGUGCGAAAAAUACAAAGGCAGACACAUACAGUCGGUACUCUCCGUCCAUCUCGAUCGAUCCUCUCUGAAUUUGCGGUCAAUGAUACGCGAUGACGGUAUAUUCCUUCACACGCCGGGCUCCGUCAAAGUCCUCUGGGCGGAUGAAGAUGCCAAAGCGAAUACUACAGAUUGGGACUGGGUGGGACGUGCGCUUGAAGACUUCUUACACGACCACGAUCUCAUGUUUGAUCUCCUGCUCCUCUCCGGCGCCCAGGUCACGGAUAGCAAUUUCCAACAAAUCAUCCGAGAUAGGUUCAAAGACAACGAGAAAAUCGUACCUCAGGACUACUUGCGAGUGUCGAAGGAUCACUUGUUUGCCGCGGCGAGGGGAGCUGCGGAGCUUGCUAGGGUCAGCUUGUGUACGGGUGACGAUGCAUGCAUGCCUAACUCGUGGUGCCCGAUCAGUGAGCAUUGUAGGAAAUGGGCAUGGCAUUCGGAUGACGAUGCUCCAAGGAAGACAGAACUCUAG